UUUCCCAAGCAGGAGGGAUCUUAGAAAUUCUAUAGAUUGGCAGCUUCCCAAAGAGUGGUUAACACCAAUCCCUAGCCAACGAACCCAUGGCUUCGGCUCUCCUCCCCUUAAUCCGCUCCCUGCUCCUUUCCUUGCUUCUGUAUUGCAAUCCGUAUGCCGUCCACGGAGUAGCAAACAGCCAUCAUGUCCUUGGAUCCGACUCUUUGAAGCCGGCAACUGCCUGCUCCAAACCCAAAGGGUCAAACCGGACCUUGCUGGCCGUAACCCACCGACACGGUCCCUGUUCACCAAUCCCUAGCAAGACGCGCCCAACACUGGGUGAAAUCCUGCGCCAAGACCAACUGCGCGUCAAUUAUCUCCAGCAAGUGGCAUCACAUGGCUCCAGAGAAACCCGGGUACAGGAAUCCCAGACAAGCGUCCCGGCAAAACUUGGUUUUGCACUGGGCUCUGCUGAAUACGUCGUGACGGUCGGCUACGGCACACCCGAGCAAAACCAGACUGCAUGUGGACUUCGACACUGGAAGUGACAUCAGCUGGAUCCAAUGCCAGCCAUGCCCGGCCUGCUACCCACAACAAGAAAAUUACUUCAAUGCAUCUCAAUCUUCUUCCUAUGCUUCA